AUGAAAUCUGAGUUCUCUGUUGUCGUUGUGAGUCUACAACAACGACCACAGGAACCCUCCAACAACAACCACGGUUUCGCCUACAACAACAACCACAGUUUCACCUACCACAACAACAAGCACAGGAACACCACCCACAACAACAACCACAGGAUCACCUACAACAACUACCACCGUUUCACCUACAACAACAACCACAUCUACAACAACGACCACAGGAACCCCUCCAACAACAACCACGGUUUCGCCUACAACAACAACCACAGUUUCACCUACCACAACAACAAGCACAGGAACACCACCCACAACAACAACCUCAGGAUCACCUACAACAACUACCACCGUUUCACCUACAACAACAACCACACAACAACCACAGGAUCACCUACAACAACCACCACCAUUUCACCUACAACAACAACAACCACCAUUUCACCUACUACAACAACCACCACAGGAUCACCUCCAACAACAACAACCACAAUUUCACCUACUACAACAACAACAACAACCACAGGAACACCUUCCACGACAACCACUAUAAGCACAACAACAGCCUCUACAACAACUAGUUACUGCUAUGAUUGUAAAUGGUCAUCCUGGAGUAACAAGAAUUAUCCCAGUAGUUCUCCAGAUGGUGGAGAUUAUGAAUCCAUUGCUAACAUUACUGAUCUGGACCUGAGUAAAUGUGCAAAUCCCAUGACAAUACAAUGUAGAGCUAAAGAUUUCCCGGAUAAAUCUUUGCAGGAGGUAGGUCAAACGGUAAUAUGUAAUCAACAAAAUGGCCUUAUAUGUAAUAACAAAGACCAAGAAUUUCCUCCAAAAUGCAAUGACUAUGAAAUCUGAGUUCUCUGUUGUCGUUGUGAGUCUACAACAACGACCACAGGAACCCCUCCAACAACAACCACGGUUUCGCCUACAACAACAACCACAGUUUCACCUACCACAACAACAAGCACAGGAACACCACCCACAACAACAACCACAGGAUCACCUACAACAACUACCACCGUUUCACCUACAACAUCAACCACAGUUUCACCUACCACAACAACCACAGUUUCCCCUACAACAACAACCACAGUUUCCCCUACAACAACAACCACAGGAACACCUUCCACUACAACAACCACCAUUUCACCUACUACAACAACCACCACAGGAUCACCUCCAACAACAACAACCACCAUUUCACCUACUACAACAACCACCACAGGAUCACCUCCAACAACAACAACCACAGUUUCACCUACAACAACAAGCACAGGAACACCUCCCACAGCAACAACCACAGGAUCACCUACAACAACUACCACCGUUUCGCCUACAACAACAACAACCACAGGAUCACCCCCAACAGCAACAACCACAGGUUCACCUACAACAACUACCACCGUUUCACCUACAACAACAACCACAGUUUCACCUACCACAACAACCACAGUUUCCCCUACAACAACAACCACAGUUUCCCCUACAACAACAACCACAGGAACACAUUCCACUACAACAACCACCAUUUCACCUACUACAACAACCACCACAGGAUCACCUCCAACAACAACAACCACAGUUUCACCUACCACAACAACCACAGUUUCCCCUACAACAACAACCACAGUUUCCCCUACAACAACAACCACAGGAACACCUUCCACUACAACAACCACCAUUUCACCUACUACAACAACCACCACAGGAUCACCUCCAACAACAACAACCACCAUUUCACCUACUACAACAACGACCACAGGAUCACCUACUACAACAACCACCACAGGAUCACCUCCAACAACAACCACCACCAUUUCACCUACUACAACAACAACCACAGGAUCACCUACAACAACUACCACCGUUUCACCUACAACAACAACAACGACCAUUUCACCUACUACAACAACCACCACAGGAUCACCUACAACAACAACAACCACCAUUUCACCUACUACAACAACCACCACAGGAUCACCUACAACAACAACAACCACAAUUUCACCUACUACAACAACAACAACAACCACAGGAACACCUUCCACGACAACCACUAUAAGCACAACAACAGCCUCUACAACAACUAGUUACUGCUAUGAUUGUAAAUGGUCAUCCUGGAGUAACAAGAAUUAUCCCAGUAGUUCUCCAGAUGGUGGAGAUUAUGAAUCCAUUGCUAACAUUACUGAUCUGGACCUGAGUAAAUGUGCAAAUCCCAUGACAAUACAAUGUAGAGCUAAAGAUUUCCCGGAUAAAUCUUUGCAGGAGGUAGGUCAAACGGUAAUAUGUAAUCAACAAAAUGGCCUUAUAUGUAAUAACAAAGACCAAGAAUUUCCUCCAAAAUGCAAUGACUAUGAAAUACGAGUUCUCUGUUGUCGUUGUGAGUCUACAACAACGACCACAGGAACCCCUCCAACAACAACCACGGUUUCGCCUACAACAACAACCACAGUUUCACCUACCACAACAACAAGCACAGGAACACCACCCACAACAACAACCACAGGAUCACCUACAACAACUACCACCGUUUCACCUACAACAACAACCACAGUUUCCCCUACAACAACAACCACAGGAACACCUUCCACUACAACAACCACCAUUUCACCUACUACAACAACCACCACAGGAUCACCUCCAACAACAACAACCACAGUUUCACCUACAACAACAAGCACAGGAACACCUCCCACAGCAACAACCACAGGAUCACCUACAACAACUACCACCGUUUCACCUACAACAACAACAACCACAGGAUCACCCCCAACAACAACAACCACAGUUUCACCUACCACAACAACCACAGUUUCCCCUACAACAACAACCACAGGAUCACCUACAACAACCACCACCAUUUCACCUACAACAACAACCACCAUUUCACCUACUACAACAACCACCACAGGAUCACCUCCAACAACAACAACCACAAUUUCACCUACUACAACAACAACAACAACCACAGGAACACCUUCCACGACAACCACUAUAAGCACAACAACAGCCUCUACAACAACUAGUUACUGCUAUGAUUGUAAAUGGUCAUCCUGGAGUAACAAGAAUUAUCCCAGUAGUGCUCCAGAUGGUGGAGAUUAUGAAUCCAUUGCUAACAUUACUGAUCUGGACCUGAGUAAAUGUGCAAAUCCCAUGACAAUACAAUGCAGAGCUAAAGAUUUCCCGGAUAAAUCUUUGCAGGAGGUAGGUCAAACGGUAAUAUGUAAUCAACAAAAUGGCCUUAUAUGUAAUAACAAAGACCAAGAAUUUCCUCCAAAAUGCAAUGACUAUGAAAUACGAGUUCUCUGUUGUCGUUGUGAGUCUACAACAACGACCACAGGAACCCCUCCAACAACAACCACGGUUUCGCCUACAACAACAACCACAGUUUCACCUACCACAACAACAAGCACAGGAACACCACCCACAACAACAACCACAGGAUCACCUACAACAACUACCACCGUUUCACCUACAACAUCAACCACAGUUUCACCUACCACAACAACCACAGUUUCCCCUACAACAACAACCACAGUUUCCCCUACAACAACAACCACAGGAACACCUUCCACUACAACAACCACCAUUUCACCUACUACAACAACCACCACAGGAUCACCUCCAACAAUAACAACCACCAUUUCACCUACUACAACAACCACCACAGGAUCACCUCCAACAACAACAACCACAGUUUCACCUACAACAACAAGCACAGGAACACCUCCCACAGCAACAACCACAGGAUCACCUACAACAACUACCACCGUUUCACCUACAACAACAACAACCACAGGAUCACCCCCAACAACAACAACCACAGUUUCACCUACCACAACAACCACAGUUUCCCCUACAACAACAACCACAGGAACACCUCCCACAGCAACAACCACAGGAUCACCUACAACAACCACCACCAUUUCACCUACAACAACAACAACCACCAUUUCACCUACUACAACAACCACCACAGGAUCACCUCCAACAACAACAACCACAAUUUCACCUGCUACAACAACAACAACAACCACAGGAACACCUUCCACGACAACCACUAUAAGCACAACAACAGCCUCUACAACAACUAGUUACUGCUAUGAUUGUAAAUGGUCAUCCUGGAGUAACAAAAAUUAUCCCAGUAGUGCUCCAGAUGGUGGAGAUUAUGAAUCCAUUGCUAACAUUACUGAUCUGGACCUGAGUAAAUGUGCAAAUCCCAUGACAAUACAAUGUAGAGCUAAAGAUUUCCCGGAUAAAUCUUUGCAGGAGGUAGGUCAAACGGUAAUAUGUAAUCAACAAAAUGGCCUUAUAUGUAAUAACAAAGACCAAGAAUUUCCUCCAAAAUGCAAUGACUAUGAAAUACGAGUUCUCUGUUGUCGUUGUGAGUCUACAACAACGACCACAGGAACCCCUCCAACAACAACCACGGUUUCACCUACAACAACAACCACAGUUUCACCUACCACAACAACAAGCACAGGAACACCACCCACAACAACAACCACAGGAUCACCUACAACAACUACCACCGUUUCACCUACAACAACAACCACAGUUUCACCUACCACAACAACCACAGGUUCCCCUACAACAACAACCACAGGAACACCUUCCACUACAACAACCACAGGAUCACCUACAACAACCACCACCAUUUCACCUACAACAACAACAACCACCAUUUCACCUACUACAACAACCACCACAGGAUCACCUCCUACAACAACAACCACAGUUUCACCUACAACAACUACCACCAUUUUACCUACAACAACAACCACAGAAUCCCCCCCAACAACAACAACCACAGUUUCACCUACCACAACAACAAGCACAGGAACACCUCCCACAACAACAACCACAGGAUCACCUACAACAACUACCACCAUUUCACCUACAACAACAACCACAGAAUCCCUCCCAACAACAACAACCACAGUUUCACCUACCACAACAACAACCACAGGAACUCCUCCCACAGCAACAACCACAGGAUCACCUACAACAACCACCACCAUUUCACCUACAACAACAACAACCACAGGAACACCUUCCACUACAACAACCACAGGAACACCUCCCACAACAACCACAGGUACACCUUCUACAACAACAACCACAGUUUCACCUACAACAACCACCACCGUUUCACCUACAACAACGACAGGAAUACCUUCGACUACAACAACCACAGGAACACCUCCCACAACAACCACAGGAACACCUUCUACAACAACAACCACAGUUUCACCUACAACAACAACCACAGUUUCACCUACAACAACCACAACCACAGGAACACCUCCCACAACAACCACAGGGGCAUACAUUUUCUCCUGGUAG